AUGCAUAAGUUUUAUGCAAAUGUUGAGGCCGAAAUAUUGGAUUUUAUUCAGCAUUGUCAUAACUUGGCAAAUACUAUGAAUAUAUCGCCAAUUCAGUCUUCCAUUCCAUGUUUAACAAGUGCUUCGUUUGACACAUUUUCACUUGCCAUAGAACAUUUAAAUAUAUUUACUAAUUUUCUUUCGUCCUACACCUCAGAUAUGUCCAUCGAAUAUGAUCAAAUAAUAUCUAUUGUUUCCCAUUGUUCUGAUCUUGUCAAUUAUGUAAAUAAUUAUCAAUAUUUAUUUGUUGAAUAUGCCAUUGAUGAUUAUCUUUAUCUUGAUGAACAAUUUGAUUUAAUCUACGAAAAAACUCUUGAAAUACUUCGUCACAUUCAUAAUUUAACAACGAUCAAUGCCGAAAUUUAUUUUCUGGAACAAAAACUUCAAUUUUAUCUUCCAUCAGAUUAUUUAAAUCAUAUUACAUCUUCAUUAUCAAAUCGAAUUGCUGCGACACUUAUUGAUCAAACUUCUCAGUUAUUUCUAUCAUCGUAUAGUUCAUUAUCAAAUAAUCACGAUGAAGAUGGUGAUAAUGAAUGUACAAUAGCAUCUAGUUUACUAUUUAGCACAUCGCCUAUAUCAAUAAAUAUUGAUAGUAACAAUGCAGCAAAUAAUUCGACUGAUAAUACUGCUGAUUAUUCUGACUCAUUAUUACAAUUAGAUAAAAUAAAUAUUCGUACAACAGCAAUAAAACAGUCUCGAUUUGUACCAUUGUUUCAAUUUGAUUUCAAUGAUUUUGAUCAAAUUGAAAAUGAUUUAAAAAAUUUCGAUAGUAAAACUAUUUGGAUGAAAAUUGAACGAGAAUUUUUUAUGAAUAUUAUUUCAAUAUUGUCAAAUCAAAAGUUAUCUAUUCAAACAAUAAAUCCUUGGUCAAGUGAGGUAUUUUGGACAUUAACAAUGUAUUUAAAAUAUGCAGAUAUAUCUUUUAAAUCUGAAUUUUUCUUAAUUACACAAUGGUGUUUAUGUUUGCUAACAAUUCAAGCUUACAAUCGAGAUUGGGAUUUACUUUUAAGUAAAACUGUAGUUAAUACAAUCAUGGCAAACCGUUGGGCAAUAGUAUCGGUAUCUGAACAUAUUCAUUUAAGUAUUGUUGGUCAUUGUCUCAAUCAAAUGUUUCUUCGUCUCAUACGAAUUACAUCAGUUCUACAAUUUAUGAAAAUUCUUUGUGAACAAUCAUCAUAUUUAAAUACUUUUCUUUCAAAUAUAACUUCUUCCAGUAUAUAUCAUUUAACGAAACAAAUCGAAGGAACAUUCCAUUUAUUAAUUAUAUGGCUAAAUCAACAUGCAACUGCGUUCAUCAAUGGUAAUGCACUGGAACGAACAUUAGUCAUUUGUAAAAGUGAUCAAAUUCAAUUAUCAAUAACUGUUAACAAUUUAUUAGAAGUAUUGCAACAAGUAGAAAAUUGUGACAAAACAAUAAAUCUAGUUAAUCAUUUAAAUUCCUCGUGUGAAAUAAUUGUAAAUGAAACAAUGUCAAAAUUAUAUCAACGUAUUCAAAUAAAUACAACGAAAUAUUUUGAUAGUCAAUUACCAUUAACAACAAAUGAAUUAUGUACAAUUAGUCAAGAUAGAUCAUAUAUGAUUAUUGCAUGCGAUAAAAUUCUUAAACCAGUUUUAAGUCAAUGUGAAUGUCUAAAUAUCGAUAAAAAACUUGAUAUUUAUGAACGAAUAUUUUCAUCGUUCAUCCAAGCGUGGACAUCGAUAUUACGUGAUAGAAAAUAUUGUUUCUCCGAUGAAAUAACAAGUUUCCUACAAAAAGACUAUGAAUAUUUACAAACAUUUCUUUCAAUGAAUAUAUCCGACGACAAUAUAGUUCAAUUUUUAAAUAGAUCAUCGUCGAUUCAAGAAAUUUCAUUUAUUAUUGAAGUAUUACGGAAAGGAGAAAAACAUGGAUCAGAAUCAUCUAUCUCUAAUAUUCCAAAUCAUGACAAAUGGUUUAGUUCCAGAAAAUCAUCUUCAUCAUUAUUUCAAUGUGUUCAAUAUUUAUGUUGCUGUCAACGACGUAACCGUGUAAUGACAGGUUAUUCAUAG